AUGCCCGACUCAAAAUCAUCUCCAAACGCGUCAAAAUUCUCUUGGGUCCGACGCCUUGUGUCUCGCUCAGGCACAAAGUCAAGCCGCUCUUCAUCUUCUACCACUCCCUUUUCUUCUUCUACGUUCCAUAAACCACGUCAAACUCACCAACAACAACCCUCUUCUUACACUCAUCAUAAUAAUAUCCAUACUAAUAAUAAUAAUAAUACUCAUAACCACAAACCUCUCUCUCCACAACCCUCACUAACAUCUAUCGAAACAACAACAGCACCUGAAACUCAUACCCAUACUCUAGGGUCUUCUCGCUCUCUAUCUCACUCUCCAGAAACUCCAGAUAUUCCUGAUGUUGACGACAUGUACUCAUCACAUACACCUCCUGAUACCCCGGACUCUGUUUCGCGGACGCCAUCACCACCACGCCGCGGAGUUGCCUUUGCAUCGUCGUCAUCAUCUCUUUCUUUAGCUUCAGAUGCUGUUACCUCUGCUGCCGCUGCCGCUGCCGCUACUUCUACUCCUGUUUCUGGUCACCCCUCGUCUCCAUCUCUUGGUUCCUCUGUGUCACCUCCUCCUUCACGUGUUCCCGCGCCAGCUCAGCUACAACAGUUCCCACGCCGGUCGUUCGAUACCAAUGCAUCUACACGAGGCAUUGCCCCAGCCUCGCUCAAAUCUCGUGCAUCUUCUGAAUCUCUCCCACUUACGUACGCUGCCACUGUGCGGUCCUACGGAACCUGGGCCAGUGCAACAUCUGCCGGUGCCCCAUCCUCGCUCUCAGACGACUACUAUGAUGACCCUGCAGGAAGUAUCAUGUUACUGAACGGAGCCAGUAAUAGCAGUGCAGGUGGAUUACUGGCUACUCCACCGCUGCAACAAAUUCAGCAAGUGCAUCAUAGUUACGCACCAACAACAGCCUCCAUUUUGUCGCUGGGCUCGACUGUGUCAACGUCUUCAUCGGCGUCUGGGGCAUCUACAACAUCUGCGGCAUCGACUACAUGCUCAUGCUGCUAUUAUAGUGGUGGUGGCGGUGGUGGCGGCGGAGGAGUUGCUUCAUCUGCGGCAUCUGUACGGUCGCUUCGGUCAUCGCGUUCUGCACGGUCUGCAAGGUCGACGGUUUCACGGAAGAGGGGGGACGACGCGUCGAUGGUAGUAUUGAGGAAUAAGGAGGACCGGAAGAGACAUCGACAUCGAAAGCGGAUGGAUGAGCGGGCUCAUAGGGGAGGAAUGAGACCAAGAAGCACUCAGGAUAGGAUUAUUGUAGGUGGGGAUUAUUGA